AUAGAUCAGUCAACAUUCUGUUUUCAGCGUGGAAGCACGAAUAAUUUGAUCGUGCUGCAUUAAAAACAAAUAAAUCAUUUUAAUAUUAAAUCUAAUAAAUAUGAUUUCAAAGUGCAGCCGGCAUCUUAUCAAUUUAAUAUGUUUGUUUUUAUUACAUGUGAGCUAUGCUAAAUCAACUAUUAAAUACGAACCCAACUGGGAGAGUCUCGAUAAGCGGCCACUUCCGAACUGGUACGAUGAAGCUAAAGUAGGCAUUUUUCUACAUUGGGGUAUAUAUUCAGUGCCGAGUUUUGGCUCUGAAUGGUUCUGGACGGAUUGGAUAAAUCUUAAAUAUCCGAAUUAUGUGGAUUUUAUGAAACAAAAUUAUAAACCGUUCUUUUCAUAUCACGAAUUCGCAAGCGAUUUUACCGCCGAAUUGUUUAAUGCAACACAAUGGGCUCUGCUGUUUGAUAAUAGCGGAGCAAAAUAUGUAGUCCUAACCAGUAAACAUCAUGAUGGCUUUACACUUUGGCCUUCAAAACAGGCUUUUGGGUGGAAUUCUAUGGAUGUUGGUCCUAAACGGGAUAUUAUAAAGGAGCUAUCUGCUGCCAUACGUGAAAAAACUAACCUUAAGUUUGGCCUAUAUUACUCCUUAUUUGAGUGGUUCAAUCGCUUAUAUAUAGACGAUAAAUUGCAUAUAUUUUUACAACAAGACUAUGUCAACAACAAAAUACGCCCAGAACAGCUGGAUUUAAUCAAGCAAUAUCGACCUGAAAUUUUGUGGUCGGAUGGGGACUGGGAAGCUCCGGCUAAAUACUGGAAAUCAGAAGAAUUUAUUGCCUGGUUAUACAAUGACAGUCCCGUUCGUGAUACAAUCGUUACAAAUGAUCGUUGGGGUUUUGGUACCUCUUGCAGGCAUGGGGAUUUCUACAACUGUGCUGAUCGUUUUAAUCCUGGCAUUCUACAAAAGCAUAAGUGGGAGAAUGCACUUACUUUAGAUAAAUCUAGUUGGGGUCAACGUUUUGACGUUACAUUGGCUGAUUUUAUGACUGCGGAAGAAUUAAUAAAAGAAAUAGUGAGUACUGUGAGUUGUAAUGGAAACGUACUUAUAAAUAUAGGGCCUACAAAAUAUGGCACCAUUUUGCCGAUAUUUGAGGAGCGUUUACGUGAAAUGGGCAAAUGGCUUAAAACUAACGGUGAAGCUAUUUACGCUACUAAACCUUGGAUUUAUCAGAAUGAUUCUGUAACAUCGGGAGUUUGGUAUACAAGCAAAACUUUGGAAAGUGGAACUAUUAUAGUAUAUGCCAUUGUGCUGGACUAUCCCUACGAUACCAAUGACAUUGAUUUGUGUCCAUUCGGUAAGCAACUACAUGAAAAUAAUAAUAUUUUUCUAACAGGACUGGAUAUGGAAAAACUAUUUAAUGAAAUGGAACACAAUAUCAUUGGGGUGAAACUCCUUGGAAUGGAGGAUACUGAAAUUGAGUGGUCAACAAAUAAGACGUCUUUUCAUAUUGUUUUUCCACCUAAAAAUCACAUCGAUAAAAGGCGUUUGCAAUAUGCGUGGACUUUCAAAAUUUCACUUAAAAACUAAAAAAUUAAUAUGAACUUUGUCAUUUGUUAUAUACGUAAUUGACAAUUUUUAUAAUUUUUUUAAUAUAAACUUAAAAUUAUAUGCUUUCAAUCU